CUGCUUGCCAAUCGCAGGCGCAAAUCGGUGCACUCUCAACGAACACACACACAGAGGGAGAGAGAGAGAGAGAGAGAUGGAAGAGAAAGUGAAGUUGUUGGCUUUGGUUGGAGCAGGAGCUCUGCUGGGUUCUGUCACCACCAUAGCUCUCCUCAGGCUCUACACCAGAAGUGUUGCAAGCCAAUCCAGUAGUAAGGUAACUGAUUCAGGAGGUAGAGGAUUUACACCUGAGACAGCUGCUAAAGGCCACGAUGUUUGUGGGGAUUGGAACCAUGGAAGAGCUAGGUCAGACCUGCUUAAAGAUGAGAUAGUUUCAGAACAACUCACCAGGAAUAUUCAGUUCUUUGGCAUUGAGUCCCAGCAUAAUGUGUCUGCAUCUUAUGUUGUCGUCAUUGGUCUUGGCGGGGUUGGAAGUCACGCUGCAUCUAUGCUAUUGAGAUCUGGAGUUGGCAGGCUCCUUCUCGUGGAUUUUGACCAGGUGUCAGUUUCAUCACUAAAUAGACACGCUAUUGCGACAAGAGAGGAUGUCGGUAUCCCAAAAGCUCAUUGCCUGAAGAAGCAUUUCUUAUCAAUAUUCCCAGAAUGCCUUGUUGAGGCAAAAGUGCUAUUAUAUGAUGCAUCUUCUGAAGAAGAAAUUCUUUCUGGCCACCCUGAUUUUGUGUUGGACUGCAUUGAUAACAUAGACACAAAGGUGGCACUUCUUGCAGCAUGUGUACGUAGGGGCUUGAAAGUUUUGUCUGCAACGGGAGCUGGCGCAAGAGCUGACCCCACAAGAAUCCGUGUGGCUGAUUUGAGAGAGUCAACAAAUGACCCACUAUCUCGAGCUGUGAGACACCGAUUGAGGAAAGAUUAUGGUAUUGAAGGUGGCAUUCCUGUUGUUUUUUCUUUGGAGAAACCCAAGGCAAAGUUGCUCCCUUUUAAGGGACCAAGUGGAGAAGAAGAAAAUCCUUCAGAUUAUCAGAUAGUACCAGGAUUUAGGGUUCGGAUAAUUCCAGUUCUUGGUACCAUUCCUGCCAUUUUUGGACAAGUCAUGGCUUCCUAUGUCAUUACACAACUGGCGGGGUUUGAAGUUCAAACAGAGCCCUUGGUGAAUUUUGACAUGGAUCACUACCGCGUGCUUCAUCAGCGUCUUAUUGAGCAUGAGGAACUGUUAUAUGGCACAUCCAUGCAAGUACAGGUAGAUGUUGAAGAAGUUAUGUAUAUCGUGAAAGAAUUGUGGCGUGGAAGAAGUGCAAGAGAUGAAUCUAUGAAAGAUAUUGGGCGAGGAAUGUGGCGUUCAAUCAAUGACUUAAUGCUUGUGAGGUGGGAUCGCGCAAAGCCAGCAGCUAUAUCAAAUUUAGUUCUGCUAAGAUUUAAAGAGGCCGAUGAACACGAGUUGCAGACACUUGAAGAUAUACAGGAAAAUGAACCCGAAUUUUUCUCGAGGGUAGCAUCUGUGCUGAAGCGCGCUGAACUUGAUUUCGGUUUGUAACUAUCAUGUCGUCCGCUCCAGUUAAGAUCUGAAGGUGUUUCUCGGAUGGACUGCAAUCAGUUGUUGCGCUCUAAUAGAAUUCUCAGUUGAUCAGUCAGUUAGUAUUCCACAUUUUUGUCCAAAUGCUUGAUAGUAGCAGUUGAUGCGUUUUGACCGAAACUGGAUUCGCAGAGAGGAGCUUGUUUUCAAGGACUAAUAUUCUUGCAAUCCCAUGGAACAAGAAGACUGUGUUUGGAUCUUGGUUUCUGAAAUCGAGAUCCAAAGAGUAGCUGUACUAGGGAUUUGGCUCUUGUUAUAGUACUUUUUUGCUUGUAAUUGCAAUUCAUUUGCUUCCAACUCUUGUUUUGUCUACUUUCCGGUGGCUGUGAUGUAGGAGGAUAUGCUUCUUUUCCAAAAUAUAUACUGAUGAAUUAUUAUUACUACUA